AUGACAGAGAGACCUGAGGAUGUGCCUCAAUUGCAUGAGGAUGUUCCUUAUGUGUCUAAUGCCACCCCAGAGAUAACAGGCGCCGCCGAUGCUGUUCAGACAGAGGGAGUGGCUAUUGAUGGGAGCUUAGGGUCACCUACUGCAAAUGAGGGUUUCCCCGGUGGACCACGCGACCCAUCGAUUUUGACCGAUUUUGUUGAGCAUGUCGCACACAGCAUCUGGAGUGGACGGGAACGACCCGAUCUGAAGUUGGUCUCCCACGGUAGAAAAGUAAAUAAAAUUGGGAGACCAGCGCCUGAGAUCGAAGGGUUGAUUGUUGGCACCGGAUUGAGUCCACUGAUCAGGUGUUUUGUUAUCACCACUGAUCCUGGACUGAUAUCCGCCUUCGUCGAGAGGUGGCAUCGCGAGACUAGCACGUUCCACCUGCCAGUAGGCGAGUUGACGAUCACGUUGGAUGACGUGGCGUCACUCCUACACCUUCCCAUCACUGGCGCGCUACAUACGUUCGAGCCGCUUGUUACUUCAGAUGCCAUUCGUCUACUGACGGAGCUUCUUGAGGUCAGUCAUGAGGAGGCUACAUUUGAGACCCGACAGGCUGGUGGGCCUCAUGUCCGGUUGGGGUGGCUUCGAGACUUGUAUCAGAGCCAGUGUAGGACCAGAUGA